GGUGUCCUUAAUUGCGCCUGAGUAAAAUUGACGGUGCUGACGUGGGGAGGUUUGACCGCCCCCGGAAAUCAACUGCAGUCGAUGCUUACUCUCUUUUUUUUUUUUUACUGUCUCGUCUUCAAGUUAAAGAUGAGUAUCGAGGUGGAAAGGAAGUUUUUGUGCAGUGCAAACACGCUGAAAAUCCUGCAAGAAAUUGGAGUUUGUGCUGGUCAGCGCCGGUUUCACGACCAGUACUUUGACACACCACAAUUUCACCUCACUUUAAGAGAUGUGUGGCUGCGCAAACGCAAAGGAUGCUGGGAGCUGAAGUGUCCGGUCGCAAGAGUGACAGGAGCAGAGGAGACACAAUCGGAAGCGUUAUGUAGUCGCUACAAAGAGAUAACCAAUUUAGGAGAUAUUAAGAUGAAGCUGAUGGAGGUAUUAAAGGAUAUUUGCAAAGAUGUGACCAUCCUGGACCAGGCGUCCUGCUGCGUGACUGAGAGCUGUCGACAUGAGAUGGACUCUGAACAAGACAAGUGUUGGGUGAGGAGAAUGAAUCUUGUCGCCUUUGCAGAGUUUACCACAGUGAGAUGGACGUUCACUUUAGAAGAGGAUGGCGUGCAGGUAGAUCUCGACGAAGCAGAUUUUGGCCACAGUGUGGGAGAGAUAGAGGUCCUCAUACCAGAAGGAGGAGAUAUGCGGGCCGCCUUGGACAAGAUUGAAAGAACAGCAAAAAAACUUGGUUUGACUGGAGAUCAGCGCAUUGAAGGGAAAAUGUCUGUUUACCUUAAAAUAAACCACCCAGAGCACUACGCAAGACUAAUGAGGGAACACAUUUUGUGAAAGACUCAUCACGCUUUCAUACUGGUUGUGUUCAACGAGGGUCCUUGUCCAGUCCAGCUCGGAUGAAGGAAGAGCCUUCCUGUUCAAUGCAAUUAAGUGGAUAUAUUGUUCCUUUGCCAGGCAACGCCAGCACCCGCUGGUGGAACCUUACCUGUAACAAUACAGUCAAUGCAACAAGGUAGUUAGCAGCACGGGAAUUGUUUAUCGUAUUAUUUAUCAAUAAAUUAGGAAGGAGCCAUUAAAUGUACACAGACUUUGCUUUCUCUUGUUUGUCUGUGUUGUGAGGUAUUGUUGUCUACAAGAACUGUAAAAAAUGCAGGCAUUAUGCUUUUGCAUUAAACGGUGGGACUACUGUACUUGCUUUUGGAAUAAUUGCGUUUCUAUGCAAAUAACUUGUCUAUGAAUGUUCUCAUUCAUCCAGGUCAUUGAAUGCCCUGAGAUGCAAAUAACUUGUAUUUACUGUAAUGAUCAGAGGAUAAAAAGGUAUUUUUUUCACUAGGAAAAAAUCUGACAAAGAUGAUUUCUUAUGUUCGGGGUUCAGGGAUUUAUUCAUGCAAAAUAAUAUUUUCCUCCUGUGACUCUCACACACCAUUAAUCUGGAGAGAUAGUACCGAGGUCUGACUAGCGUUUUUUUUGUAGUAGGUCCUUAAAGACAGCAUAGAGCUCAAGCUUAAUGGAGAUCUUUAAUUUAAGGGGACGUUUUAAAUCUAAACAUGUAUGUUUUACAAUCUGUUGCUUUUUUUAGAGCACAGGUGUCAAACUCAAGGCCCAGGGGUUGGCUCCUCCCCAACACAUCAUUUAAAGUUGCCCGUUGUUGUGUUUGCUGUUGUUGUUGUCUCUCUGUCAUAUGCCCCUCUUGUACCCACUAUUUCCCCCUCUGUCUUUCUUUUUUUCUCUUUCUAUCCCCUCCUGCUCCGGCCAGGCUGCACCAAAUAAUAAUAUAAAUCCAUCCAUCCAUUUUCUACCGCUUAUUCCCUUUGGGGUCGCGAGGGGUGCUGGUGCCUAUCUCAGCUACAUUCGGGCGGAAGGCGGUGUACACCCUGGACCAGUCGCCACCUCAUCGCAGAAUAAUAUAAAUCAAUUUAUUAAAGUCAAAUACAAAUAAGGGAACAAGAGAAGUAUCCCACACUUCUGUUUUGUAAAGUACAUUUGUACAGCCGAUAUGGACUACUUCUACUGUAUGAUUUGCCUGAGUAGCUGGACAGGACACACAAAAAAAGUGACCCGUGAAUAAACAAUAAUGUACAUUA